AUGAACAGUAUAUGGUUCAGCAGGAUUUACUACGUUUUUGGAUUCUUGGCCUUGGUGUUUGUGAUUUUGAUUGUGACAUGUUCCGAAGUGGCAGUUCUCAUGUGUUAUUUCCAUUUGUGUGCCGAGGAUUAUUACUGGCCCUGGAGAGCCUUCCUAACAGCCGGCGCGAGUGGAUACUAUGUAUUUUUGUACAGCAUCAUCUACUAUAUCCAGAGAUUGACCAUUGAUAAUUUCCCUUCCGCCGUGUUGUACUUUGGAUGGUCCCUCGUCAUGUCCUUGCUAUUUUCGAUUUUGACGGGGACGGUUGGGUACUUUGCUGCAUUAGUGUUUGUCCGAAAGAUUUUUGCGAGUAUCAAGGUGGAUUAG